ACCUGAUCCCCGGCACCCCCACCCCCUCCUCAGGCCUUCUCUCCCCUCCAGCUCAGCCCAUCUGCUGGCGCCUGGGCACCUGUCUGGGCCUGCCCAGGUGGGAGUUGGCACCUCCCAGGCCUGGGGGUAGGGAGAGGAGGGUGAGCUUGGGGAGGAAUUAUAGGACUCCCUGUAGAGCAGGCCCCACCCUGGAGAAAGCCCAGAAAAGGUGGAGAAGGCACACGGAAGAGGCAAAUCCUUCCCGCUGCCUGUUCUCCUAGUAGGGUCUACACUACUUAAUAGCAUUAUCUCACUUGAUCUCCAUGGCAACCUACACAGUCAUAAUUUACCCUAUUUUAAAGAAAAAGGACAUUGAGAUUUAAAGGUCAUUACUUGUCCAGGGUCAUACAGCCACUAGAGCCUCUGUCACUGUAGCUCACUGUGCCUGAAGUCUCUGCCUCUGGUACUGAGGCUCAAUGAAGAUGUCCUACAGCUGAAUACAAGGGAGAAUUUCCAUGCUGAAACCCAGCCCACUACGGCUCUGUGCUUCCCUUAGCUCCAGAAACUGGCUCCCCUCUCAGGUCACCCUGCAACACACCCACACAGACACAGAGCCACACACACGCACAGGCACAGACCCUGGAGGAGGUUGAGCUAUUGACGUGAACGUCAUCAGUGUUCAUUUGCACAUAAUUUUGUAGCUACUUUUCUUGUUGCUCAUUUGACGGCCUGCACACUCCAGCAGCCUGCACUGCCCUCCUCCUCUCCAAGACCCCCUCCAAUCUCUGCCUGCCUUUCUUGGAUCUUCUCCUCCCUCUCCUAUUAGCUCUUUCCUCUCAGGCCCCUGAUUCCCUGUAGAUCACCUUGAACUAACCAGCCUAGAAAAACUUCCUGGGGGGUCUCCACCCAGAAUCUGACUCUACUCCUGGCCUGGUGAUGGGGUAGGUAGAAGAAUGGGACCUGGAAGAGAGAGAUGAUCAAGUUGCUGAAGUCCUGGGAUGACAAUGGUUAGAACCUGAACAGCAGCAAGAGGCAGCCAGUUAAGCUGUGGGUGCUAUCCAUGUGAGAACUUACUUAAGGGAAGGACUUUCAGGCUACUGACUACUUAGUCUUUUCAUAGUUUCUCGCCUAGUACGUUGGAGAGCCUUCUUCGCAGGAAAAGAGACAGGGAGAAGGAGCAGUCAGAGCCACACUGGGACUCAGAAUGGAACUAUGACAUUUAAAUCCCGCUGCUUUGGAGUCUCUCUCCUGCUACCUCUAGUAUGGGAGACUGAGGGGGUUCGUCUGUGGUCCUGCCCUGACUCUUGCCUCAGCCCCACCCCUUCCCCAGCUCUCUAUUUCUUGCUUAUGAAAUAUGCAUGGAGAACAGAUGUCCCUGCUCCCCCCCACCCCCCCCCCCCCCAGGGCCAGCCCCCACCCCCAGCUCCCAAGGGGUUCCCAGAUCCCUCUGCCAAUGGUUGCCUGGCCUGGAUGUUUAAUAUUGAUGACGGGGGUGCCUGGGCCAGCCAAUAGAGAGCUGGGGGUGUGUGUGUAUCUCCAUAUUUAUACACACAGAAGGCUGGCCAGCUCAGGUGUGUAUGUGUCUGUGAGUGUGUGAAUGUGUGGGUGUGUGAGUGUGUGUAUGUAUGUGUGAGUGUGAUUGUGGGUGACUCCAGUUCUGGACUAAGAGCACCCCUUCUGCCUAGGUCUUACAUCUCCACCAUGUGCACCCUUCUCAUCUGUCCUGGACCCUGCUCAGCUACAACAAGCUGCUCCUAAGAGCUUUAGAAACUGCUCACUAACUUUGCAGACAGAUGACCCUUGAGCAGCGAGAAGAGACUGGGGCUCUCUCCACUGUUCCCCUUGCUCACCAGCUUGGAUCCCUUGGCAGAGUCCUUCUAGGUUCCAGGCUGGAAUCUUGACCAUGGAACUUUGAAGUAACUCUGCUUUCCAGAGCUCAGUGGCAGACCCUGGGACUCCAGGCCCUUUCUACAGUUCUCACAGCCCUCUUUUAAGCUCCCAAAGGGAGGGGUGGGAGAGGGUCCGCAUUUCCCUAGGUGGGGGUUUUCCAUCAUGAUGCUCAACUCCGACACCAUGGAGCUGGACCUGCCUCCCACCCACUCGGAGACUGAGUCGGGCUUUAGCGACUGUGGGGGCGGGCCAGGCCCGGAUGGUGCUGGCUCGGGGGAUCUCGGAGUGGGCCAGGUCCGGAGCUCCGAGCUCGGAGAGUCCGGCCGCAAAGACCUGCAGCACUUGAGCCGUGAGGAGCGCAGGCGUCGGCGCCGCGCCACGGCCAAGUACCGCACGGCACACGCUACGCGGGAGCGCAUCCGCGUGGAAGCCUUCAACCUGGCCUUCGCUGAGCUGCGCAAACUGCUGCCCACUCUGCCCCCGGACAAGAAGCUCUCCAAGAUUGAGAUCCUACGCCUGGCCAUCUGCUAUAUCUCCUAUCUGAACCAUGUGCUGGACGUCUGAACUCAGCCUGCAUCCUGCCCUGGAUUCUCCCCUUUUCCCUGGGCCUCUCCAGAGCCCCCUGUCACCACCAUACAUUACUAAGAAUGGCCGGCUCCUUUCCAUCCCAGAGGACCCGGCUCACAUCGCUAGUCCUGAAGGCCACUUUCUUCUUACUGGCCCAAGAGUGUGAAGGGUGUUCUUAUGGGUUCCUUCAGAGAGUUGUUUGGGCCUAGCUGGUCAGAGUUGCUUGCCAGAGUGGUCAGAAUGGAGUCCUUGCUGGGUUUACUAAGCCUAACCUCUAUUCAGCUGCUGCCUUUUCUGCCCGAUGUCCAAGUUUUCAGAGACCCCCAGACCCUGACUCUCACUCUUCUGGCAAUGGUGGGACUCAGCAUCAGAAACAGAAGGGGAACUGACUAGUGGCAGAGGUUGGGGGAGCGGGUUCCUAGCUCCCUGACUUGUCUGUCCAUGCCUGAGGAGGCAGAGAGACGAGGGAGGUGACUCCUGGGUAGCCAGAGAUUAUAGAAAAAUUCUGCCUUUCUUUUGUCUCUCUCUCGAUCCUGAGGCUUAGGAUUUGCAGACCUCAGAUCUAACUUGGUAGUGAGUGCCUUGCCUUCUUGGAGCUGUCCGGCCACUCCCCGUCCCUUCCCACACCACCAUUCCAGAAUUCUCCCUUUCCCUAUGCCAUCUAGAAAAAGGAUAAAUCAGUCCUGAGAUAAGGACGACACCCCCAAACAGCCCAGGGCACCUUGCGAAGGCUCAGGCCCGGGGUGGGGCAGCUCCGCAGCGGCUGCUUCCAUCCUAGUAGACCCGUGCAAACUUGCAAAACCCAUUAGCUCCUCCCUCAGAUACGCAGGGACGCCUGCUACUGCCCUCUAUGAAUGCUGUAGGGCCCUUCUUAUUACAUUUCCCCUUUCCUUUCUUAAACUGCCAUAGGAAGGAAGGUGCCCCGCCCGUGCUGCUGAGCCCCACCCACCUGCCCAGGAGUCUAUGGGCCUUAGACUCCCUGUAGAUGAACUCACUGCUUUUCUCUGCUCCAUCCAUCCUCACACCAAACUACUAGCUCUACAAGGAUAUUUAUUUAUGUAUUUAUUUAUUUAUUCACUUAUUUAUUUAUUUAUAAAUAUUACUAUUUAUUACUGAGUUAUGCACUUUGGGAUAGGGUGAGGGGGGCUCCUUGCAGCUAGCUCUAGCUGGGAUCCUCUUGUUUUCUCCCAGGUCACUUCUUCUUCCUUCUCCAGUGCAAGUAUGUGUGGGGAUCCCUUCACCCACCAUACUGGUACCUCUUUCUCAGCUCCAUCUGUCCCUAUCCCCUUUCCUCUGGAAUAGUGCCCCUCCCCAGCACCCCCCCCCCAGCUUCUAGGGGGUCCUCUCUCAAUCUCUCCCUGCUGUCCCUGCCCCAACAAGCCUCUUCCAGCCCUAUCUACUCCAUUCCUCCUACCAUCCCUGCUUUUCCCAAUACCACCCAGAACAGACCCUGGGAUCUGUGUCUGGUGUCCUGUGUGUAAGUCUUUGUCUGGUUGCAUUCCUAAUUUCUUACAAAAAGAAAAAUUAAAGUGACCUCGUUCUAGUACCAGA